AUGUGUGAAGUGGAGCCAGUAGCGUUCUCGGUGGACAAGCUGCCGUUGGCUGAGCGUCUGCUGGGAGUGUGGGCGAGCGUGGUGAGCAGUGCCGUGUGUAGCUACAGACAGGACAAGGAUAGAGACAAGGCAAUGCUCAACACUAGUCUCACCAGCAGUGCGGACAUGUCAGAUUCGACUCAGGUGAGGCAGCUACAGCAGAAGUAUAUCUCCCUUCAGCUGAUGAGAGCUGCAAGGGUGUUCUUCGACAGACAGGACUUCUUCCGACAGAUUCUCUCUCAGACAGUGUAUGAGGGAGCGCAGAGAGAGACUAGUAAGCCUGCGGGGUCUGAGGAUGGUUUGUCCCCGGACACACUGGGUCCCGCCUCCCUGCUGCACCAGGUCAUGUGUGUCGCCACCCAGCCCUCGCCGCUCAAGGCAAUAUUCGAUCGGCAGGAGAUAGAGGCUGCGGUGUUGGCAGUGUGCCAGCACCUAAUGGCAGAGCUGACAGCUGCGGGGUCAGGUCUCUACACGAGCACGUGUCAGCUAUCCAGCAGCACCAGCCAGCAUCUCGCGUCCGCAGCCUCCACAUCCGCAGUCGUCGCCGCCGACGACCUCCUCUCAGCGCUCAGCGACUCCAGCUCCACCGCCGCCAGCACCAUGGCGUCGUCCACCGCGUCGGCCAAUCACGCGCCGCCGCCGCCGCCGCCCUCGCGGACCCUCGCGGCUCCGGCAGCGGCGGGGCGGUCGCACGGACGCAGGCAGAAGACGGGAGCAAGCUGCAUGGCGCUGUCACCGAUCGUCACGCAGAUCAUAGAGAUGGGGUUCGGGCGACGCAGCGUGGAGUUUGCUAUCAAGGAGCUGGGUGGGGACAUACAGCCGAGUGCGGAGUCUGUGGUGGGAUGGCUGCUCGAACAUCCCGCUCUACACAUCCCGGAAGUUUCCGAUUCCGACAGCAUCUCCUCCAUAGAAGGCUUCAGCGAUUCCGAUUCCUUCUCGGACGACCUUGACGACCUUGAAGGAUCUUUCAGCGAGCUUUAUCCAUCCGAGAUGCAUCAGUACAAGAAGCGAAAUGAUUUCUUGACGAAUGAAGACUACGCACAUUACGUGAAGGACAACAUCCAGGCCGGCAUGACCGUCAGAUGCUGCAAAACAUACGAGGAAGUGCAGGAGGGAGACAUAGGCAGAGUUGUAAAGCUGGACCAUGAUGGCCUGUACGACUUGAACGUACAGGUUGACUGGCAGAGGAAAGGUAGCACCUACUGGGUGCGAUACAUCCACAUCGAGCUGCUAGGCUAUCUACCACCGUCGUCUGUAGCAAGCAUAAGGGUCGGAGACAGAGUGAGAGUGAAAACAUCGGUCGCCACUCCGAAGUACAGAUGGGGCGCCAUCACCCAUCGAAGCAUAGGCACCAUACGAGCUUUCAGUGCGAACGGACAGGACGUGACGGUAGAAUUCCAGCAGCAAGCUAUCUGGACAGGUCUGGUGUCAGAGUUGGAGCUUGUACCGAGCAGCCAUCCUGGUGCGACUUGUUGUCAUAUGUAUCCGAUCAGCGGACCACUGUUCAGCUGCAAGGCUUGCGAUGACUUCAAGUACUGUGAGAACUGCUUCCGCACGCGCCGCGACCAUCGCCAUCCAUUCAACCGCAUCCUGGAACCCGCUCCGCAGCACUGGAUAAGGUUGGAGAUGCAGCCGGACGUGUUGAUCUACCGGUUGAAGAUGCAUGUGUUGGCUUCGGAUGCGAGCUACGCCCCAGCACAGGUCGUCGUCAGUGCCGGCGAUUCCAUCAGCCUCAUGAAGGAGCAGAGGAAGAUUAUUCUCCAGCCGGACGAACUCAGAAAGAUCAACCUGCAGCCAGACGAACCCAGCCUACUGUGUGAUUUGAACGAGUAUUGUCGCUACGUGGAGAUUGCCAUCAAACAGUGCAAGAGUAACGGCAUCGACUGCAAGGUUCACGGGCUGUCAAUCAUCGGCCGUAUCCGCGGCGACGACAGCGACCUCGCGUCGUCCUUCUCCAUCCUCGCGUCGGAGGACGAGGAUGGGGAGCCGGACCCGGCGUGCAGGAAGGCGAAGAAGCUGGGAAUAGCUGAAGAUAUUCAGACGAAGGCGUUCGUGUGGGGUUUGAAUGACAAGGACCAGCUGGGUGGACUGAAGGGAUCGAAGAUCAAGAGUCCGGUGAUGUCUGAGACCCUGUCAGCGCUCAAGUGUGUGCAGAUAGUUGGUGGCUCCAAAAGUCUUUUCAUAGUGACGCAGGAGGGUAAAGUGUAUGCGUGUGGUGAGGGCACGAAUGGUCGACUAGGUCUCGGUCACUGCAGCAACGUCUCCUCACCUAAGCUGAUAAACACAUUCAGCCAGUACGUCGUCAAGAAGGUCGCCGUGCAUUCAGGUGGGAGACACACGAUGGCCCUCACUGUCGAUGGAAAGGUGUUCUCCUGGGGAGAAGGAGACGACGGCAAGCUGGGACAUUCUAGCAGAAUGAUCUGUGAUCGACCGCGGCUGAUCGAGGUGUUGAAGUCUAAGCGCGUGCGUGACGUGGCGUGCGGUAGCUCCCACAGUGCAGCCAUCAUCUCUAACGGUGACCUCUACACCUGGGGCCUCGGUGAAUACGGGCGGCUCGGCCACGGCGACAACAUGACCCAGCUCAGACCGAAGCAGGUGAAGGCCCUGGCCGGACAGCGAGUGGUGCAGGUUGCGUGCGGAAGCAGAGACGCGCAGACGAUCGCUCUGACGGACGAGGGCAUCAUCUACUCGUGGGGAGACGGAGACUUCGGCAAGCUGGGCCGCGGCGGCAGCGAAGGAUGCAACGUGCCGCAGGCAGUGGAGCGGCUGACAGGUCUCGGCGUGGUGCAGAUAGAAUGUGGGGCGCAGUUCUCUCUCGCUCUCACCAAGGCUGGACAGGUGUGGACGUGGGGUAAGGGAGACUACUUCAGGCUGGGCCACGGAUCGAUGUGA